GAUCUCCUGUUCCGCACGCUCCGCCACGUGAGCCGCCUGGUACAUCCCACCCGCCCUUCUGCUGCGGGGGUGCUGUGGCCAGCCGCUACCCCCUCUCCCUGCCUCUGUGUCCUGGCUGUGGCUCAGCACGCUGCUGGGCUGUGCCACCGUCUUGGGAAGGGGCCUUCUUGACGGAAGAGGCCAGGCUCUGCUCUCAGGCAUUCCCAUGCGAGCAGGCAGGGGUGGGGGGCCAGCCCCUGCUCUUGGGAGCUCAGCCUGGGGUCCGGAGCCAGGUGGGGGUCAGCGACUUGGGGCAGGGCCCCUUGUGCUGUGUGUCAUUCAGGGCCGGCUCCCUGGAAGAGGAGCUCUGUUUUGGGGUGUCUGAGCCCUUUUGGGAGCAGGUCCUUAGCCCUUAGGAUGCUGGCCUGCCACCAGGAAGGUUCAGUCCUCUUCGACUGGGAUCCCUUGUGCCUUGGGGCCUGCCUUCCAAGGAGUUCCCAGUAGAGUCUUGUCCACGGGCAGUGGGAUGGGCAGCCAGUGCCUGGCCACGUGGGCCUGGUGGGAAGCUCUGGCCCAGGGCAGGAUCCAGGGGAGUCCACUUCAUGCCCACCCAUCGGCCCCGGGGAUGGGUCCAUUCUUGUCCUCCUCUGAGGAGUUGGGGGGCUUGCAGUGAGAAGGAGGAGGGGCAGCGUGGCUGCCCAAAGAGCCUCUGCCCCCCAGCCCUAGUCCGCCCAGGGCCCUGUGCUCGUGACUGCCGUCCUCUCUCCCUGGCUGGCUCAGCCCGCUGCUCUAGCUCCGGGCCUCCCUCUGCAGUGGGGACGAGGUGCGGUGGACAGGUGUCCUCAUGGCCGACCGCAGCCAGGCUGUGUGUGCGUGCAGGAGCCCUGAAGCCAGGCCCAGGGGUGACUCCCAGAGAGAUGCUCACAGUAGCUUUCUCCUGACCUUUGCUCCCAUCUCCGGAAUGGGCCAGUUCUUUCCUCCUUUCUUGGCUUGGGAUGGGGUGGGGAAUGGGGGUCUGCACACAAGAUGAACUCUCCCAGGCUGCCGUGGAGCUCGGCCAGCCCUGUGUCCCCACCCCCAUGUCUGCACCCACGGCAGCGCCAACUGCUUCUCCCCUGGGAUCAGGGCCUCUGCUGGGCGGCGCUGAGCGGGGACAGAACGCUCUGUUCUCUGGAGGAGCCGCACUUCCUGGACUGUUCCUGUGCGUUUGGGGGGUUCCUGAGAGACCAUGGAGGUGGGGCAGGUGCAGGGGCCUCUGUUCCUGGCUGGCCCAUAAGCAGGUGUGGUCCGCCCUGAGGAGCCCACAGACCUGGGGCUUGGGACCCUGUUGGGGCCCUCGGUCACGGCUGUACCUGCGGCUGCCUGAUGCUGACGCCGGACGCUCCUGGUCGCUGGCCACAGGAAGGCCGUGUGCCGUCCCAAGGAAGGAAGGAAGCACCUGGCUGGGUCACCCGGCUGGCCCCAGGGAGGUUGGCCCUCGAUGUCGCCUUCCCUGGGAGGCAUGCCACGUUGGGCCUGCGGGACUUCCCCUUGCCGGAGCUGGGAGCUCGCUGGGAGCCAGUGGCCCACCCUAGGCCCACUCUAGCCUGCCCUGUUCCUCCUCCCCUCCCUCCCCUUCCACUCAGAGAGCAGCUCCAGCUGGUCUGCUCAGGCCAGUGCUUGGCUCCUGACCCCGGGGAUGGGUUUGUGACGGCCAUGUGUUCCCGCCCAGGCUCAGCUCCAGGCUUUAGCUUUUGUAGGGGGGAGGGGGCCAUCAGCAUCCCCCUGGCGGGGCAGGACCCAUCACAAAGGCCAGCCCAGGGCCCUCAGUGGAGCUGCCCACCUCUCCCCAGCAUGGAGAUGGUUAUUCGGGUCCUGGGUGGGUCCUUCCGAGGGAGGCCUCCUGUGCAGCUGCCCCGUCUGCCUGAUGCAGCCAUGCAAGACCUCACAACAGCUAGGAAAUACAGGGGGACAGGGACGACCGGGCUACCUCACUCCCCGUCCCACCCGCUGAGGAACCACGGGUGGGUGUCCUUGUCGCCUCUUCCCCGAAGCCAGGCUUGGGGAGGUUCAGAGCGUGGCCUUGCCCGGCGGCUGGGGGACCUGAUGUGGGAGCUCUGGUCCUCUUCUGAGGAGCAGGGGGCUCUCGGUGAGAAACUGGGUAGGCCUGCGUCAGGGCUGGGCUGUGGCCAGACGCACGGGCAGGAGCUGCCGUUCACAGCGAUGCAGGUCUGCACAGGGUGCCUUCAGGAAGUGGCGGGUUUUCAAAGCUCCCAGGAAUGCUGGGCGCAGCUGAGGGGCACUGGCGCAGGGCUGGGGCACUGUAGCUGCUUCAGACGAGGGCCGAGCGCAAGCCUAGUGUAGCCUGGGUCCUUGGCACCCCCUCCAGCGCCAGGGAGGUGGUGGCGAUGCCCACUCCCCACAGGGGUGGGACCCUGAGGCUCAGAUGGUUGGGGGCCUGCCCGGGGCCCCACUGGAGCUGCUUCCCAGCCUUGCAGCCCCGCCGGACGCUCUCCGGGAGUUGGCUUGGCGUGUGGUCCGGUGUUGAACAUGGCACGGCUGCAGCCGGCGGCCUCUCUUUGUCUCUCGAGAAGCCUCUGCUUUAUGAUUUCUAACGCGGUCUGUUCAUGGACGUGCGAGGACCCCCCUGCGCCCCACCCCAGAGACAGCAUCCUAGGCAGUGGGGUGGCCAAGCCUGCAUUCUCCUCCUCUAUGCGGGUACUGAGGGAUAAGAACAGAACUUCGUUACCUGCUAUUUCCUAACUUGACCUUUCCCCAGACACCCCGCGGGCCCCGUCCACCUGUGUCCGUGCAUUCUCCUCGUCCCCUAGGCCGGGUGCCCGCACAGGACAUGCAGCUGUACCACAGGGUUCUGAGUGAUGGCUCUCCAGUAAACACAGACGGUGCUGCAGUCUGCUGGGUCUGGAGCCGGGGGGUAGAUUUGUGGGGCCGAAAUCCUAGACCUAGACAUGCCGGUUGAGGGCUUGAGUCGCCUUGGUGGCCCUUCUGAACUUCCCUCCCACCAGGGAAGCUGGAACUGCCCGCUGGCCAGCUCGACAGCUAGUCGCACCUUUUCAUUUCAGCCCAAAUUACCAUCUCUCCUCGGUAAGCUUUCCUGUUCUAGAUCGCUGCCAGAUGGAGUUGGUUUUGUGUUAGCAUAGAAAAUCUGGAAAGUACAAAAAACGCACAAAGCCGAAGAAAUAAACGUUGCCAACCACGUCACGUGGA